CGCCAUUUGAAGUCAACGGAGCAGAAGAAGGACAAAGCAGCUUUAAAGCAGUGUUACUGGUUUACCUCUCAGACUCCAGAAGAUGAAGAAAGAGGAGGAAGAGGAGGACGGAGCAGAGUCUGUAACAUCCAGCGGUCUGUCUAUGAAGAGUGACCAGUCUAAAGAUGAUCCUCCAGACUUCAGUAAUGAACCUGGACCCUCAGACACAAAAGAGAGGAAGAGGAGUGCUGUUUCUGUGGAGGAGCAGUCUGCUUCAUCAGGAGACUCCUCCUGUCCCCAGUGUGCAGAAGGAUCCAGAACCAGACCUGGACUGCAGACAGACAGUCAGACCAGCACUGUACAAACAGAAAGUGGUCUGCAGGAGGUUUUAGAUGAACAUCACAUCAGUCUGAGCAGCACAUGUGAAUGUGUGACUCAAGGAACUGAUGAAGCAGGAACUAAAACCUUCCUCAUCAGCAUCUUCACUGAGGUCCACAUCACAGAGGGACAGAGUGAAGAGGUUAAUACCCAACAUGAGGUGAGGCAGCUUGAAACAGCUUCCAAGAUGAAGACCCUCCAUGAUGCUCCAAUCAAGUGUCAGGACAUCUUUAAAGUCUUACCUGACCAACAGAAACACAUCAGAGUGGUUCUGAUGAACGGCGUCGCUGGCGUUGGAAAAACCUUCUCAGUGCUGAAGUUCACUCUGGACUGGGCACAGCGCUCCAACAACCAAGAUAUCAGUCUGCUGAUUCUGUUCUCGUUCAGGUCGCUGAACUUGAUCAAAGAUGAGCAGUACAGUCUGCUCAUGCUGAUCCAUGUUUUCUAUCCAACAUUACAGAAGCUCACAGCAGAGAAGCUCGCUGUCUGUAAAGUUCUGUUCAUCUUUGACGGCCUGGAUGAAAGCAGACUUUCACUGGAUUUCAACAACAGUGAGGUCGUGUCUGAUGUCACACAGAAGUCAUCAGUCAGCGUGCUGUUGACUAACCUCAUCAAGGGGAAGCUGCUUCCCUCGGCUCUCAUCUGGAUAACUUCCCGACCUGCAGCAGCCAAUCAGAUCCCUCCUUCAUGUGUUAGCAGGGUAACAGAAGUACGAGGCUUCACUGACGCCCAGAAGGAGGAGUACUUCAGGAGGAGAUUCAGUGAUGAAGAGCAGUCCAGCACAAUCAUCUCACACAUCAAGACAUCCAGGAGCCUCCACAUCAUGUGUCACAUCCCAGUCUUCUGCUGGAUCACUGCUACAGUUCUGGACCACAUGUUGACUACAGACCAGAGAGGAGAGCUGCCCAAGACCCUGACUGACAUGUACUCACACUUCCUGCUGGUUCAGACAAAGAGGAAGAAGAACAAGUAUGAUGAAGGACAUGAGACGAGUCCACAGGAGCUGACGGAGGCUGACAGGAACCUUCUUCUGAAGCUGGGGAGGCUGGCGUUUGAACAACUGGAGAAAGGAAACAUCCUGUUCUACCAUGAAGACCUGGAGCAGUGUGGUCUUGAUGUCACAGAGGCCUCGGUGUUAUCAGGAGUUUGUACAGAGAUCUUCAAAACAGAGAGUGUGAUCUUCCAGAAAACAGUCUACAGCUUUGUUCAUCUGAGCGUUCAGGAGUUUCUGGCUGCAGUCUACAUGUACCACUGUUACACCAGCAGGAAGACAAAGGUACUGGAGGACUUCCUGGGAGAAGACUACAGUUACUUCCUGGGAGAAGACAACAGUUACUCAUCUCUGGAUGACUUCCUGAAGAGAGCCAUGCAGAAAUCCCUCAGGAGUAAAAAUGGCCACCUGGACCUGUUUGUCCGCUUCCUUCAUGGCCUCUCUCUGGAGUCCAACCAGAGUCUCUUAGGAGGCCUGCUGGGUCAGACAGACAACAGUCCAGAAACCAUCCAGAGAGUCAUCAACAACCUGAAGGAGAUGAACAGUGGUUAUAUCUCUCCUGACAGAAGCAUCAACAUCUUCCACUGUCUGAUGGAGAUGAACGACCGCUCAGUACAUCAGGAGAUCCAAGAGUUUCUGAAGUCAGAGAACAGAUCAAAGAAGGAACUCUCUGUGAUCCACUGCUCAGGUCUGGCCUACAUGCUGCAGAUGUCAGAGGAGGUUCUGGAUGAGUUGGACCUGAAGAAGUACAACACAUCAGAUGAGGGACGACGGAGACUGAUCCCAGCUGUGAGGAACUGCAGAAAGGCUGUACUUACUGCCUGUGAACUCUUAGACACUGAAUGUGAACUUGUGACCUCAGCUGUGAAGUUCAACCCUCAUCUGACAGAGCUGCACCUGAAUCUCCUCAAACUGUCUGAUUCAUCAGAGAAGCUUCUGUCUGCUGUACAGGAGAGUCCACACUGUAGACUGAGUCUGAGACUUACUGCCUGUGAACUCUCAGACACUGAAUGUGAAGUUGUGACCUCAGCUGUGAAGUCCAACCCUCAUCUGACAGAGCUGCACCUGAAUCUCAACGAACUGUCUGAUUCAUCAGAGAAGCUUCUGUCUGCUGUACAGGAGAGUCCACACUGUAGACUGAAGACUCUGAUACUUAUUAACUGUGGACUCUCAGAGACUCACUGUGAAGUUUUGGCCUCAGUUCUGAAGUCCAACCCUCAUCUGACACAUCUGGACCUGAGUGGAAACAAACUGUCUGUUUCAUCAGUGAAGCGUCUGUCUGCUGGACUGGAGAGUCCAGACUGUAGACUGAAGACUCUGAUACUUUGGGGCUGUGGACUCUCAGAGACUCACUGUGAAGUUUUGGCCUCAGCUCUGAAGUCCAACUCCUCCCAUCUGACACAUCUGGACCUGAGAGGAAACAAACUGUCUGAUUCAUCAGUGAAGCUUCUGUCUGCUGGACUGGAGAGUCCAGACUGUGGACUGGAGACUCUGAGGUUCACUGAUUCUAAAGGUUCACAUGUCACACUGACUGGAAACCAGAAGAAGAGAUCUUGUGUGGAGGAAGAGCACAAACCAGAGUCUCCAGUAUCCACCUGUGAGUCCAAACAUCAUCCUCCAGACGUCACUCAUGAAGCUGGAUCCUCAGACUUAAAGGUGGAGGACAGACGGGACAGCGCUACACCUGCCACACAUAAAGGACCUGAUCCGUCCACAUCCAGCACAAAGGAUCAGCUGGAUCCUGAUGAUCCAGAGAGGCUGAAACAGCAGCAGCAGCUUGAGUGCAGAGAGAAUGUGACUGGGACCAGUUACUGGCAGGACUUCACACCCAAAGUGCUGACUGAGUCUGCAAACAUUUCAUACAGGUUCAGCUGUCCUGGUCCAGGUGUGUUCAGGUGUACUUUGACCGGACUGGUGUUUGGUACGGUUCAGGAGGCGGAGCUACAGUACAGGACCGUCCAAUGGGACGAAAGCCUUCUACAACCAGCUGGCAAGACGGCUGCAGGGCCGCUGUUCAACAUCCACAGUCCUGACGGUGCUGUCAGUCAGCUCCGCCUGCCACACUGUGAAACCAGGGAUGCUCCGCUCCCUGAGGGUCUGCUGUCUGUCGUCCACAUCACUGAUGAUGGAAUGAGCAUCCUGGAGCCGCUGGAGAUUACAGACACUCAUGUGGUUGUGAACGUCCCUCACUUCUCUCUCCUGGGCCUCGUCUGGGACGUUGUUCAGAGGUUUAUUAACAUCAUACGACCAAUCAGCGGCCAGGUUCUGCUGUUCCUCCGACCUCCGGAUCGUGAUGAUCGAAUACUUGACGUAUUACUGUUGCCGAACAACAUUCCUCUGAGUGAGGUUGCCCCCCAACAAGGAACAGCUGAGAACAUUAAGAUCUCCUCCAAAUGUCCUCUCAGCGUUGAUCAAAGCUACAGUGUUCACUGUGAACCUGAAGCCUCCAUAAUCCAGCCUGAGGAUUCAACAUUUGAACCAAACUACGGACCAAAUUUCUUCCCAACAUUUGAGGUUUUCCUCACUGCAAACCAAGAGAAAGUGACUCUGAUGGUCCAAGACCAAGAGAGGACAGAGGUGUGGAAUCGGGUGGUGAAACUGACAGGUCCAACAAGUGAGAAUGUGUUCGUCCCAGCAGAGAAGAAGCUGCUGUUGGCUCGGGAACAGUUUGUUAGCAGAGUGUCUGAAGCUAAUCUAAACCUGCUUCUGGAUAAACUUCUUGGGAUUGGUGUUAUAAAUGAUGGUGAAAUGGAGUCGGCCAGAACAGAAACGCGAGCCUACAAAGCUCGAGAAGUGAUCGACAUGGUGCGAAGAAAGGGAAGUGAAGCCAGCUCCUGUUUUAUUGUUGCCCUCCGUGUGGUGGAUCCAAACCUUUCCAGACUGCUCAACUUAAGCUGAGUGUGAAGAUGAACCUAUAACAGCUCUGUCUGUCUGUGGUUGUAAACACAGCUUGUCCAGCAUGUUUUUUAUGGUUUGAGGAGCAGUUCAGGUCUUUAAUCUCUAUUAAUCAACACUUGUUUCAUUGAUACUAAAUUGAAUAUGAAAGAUGUCACAUAGAGAGAAAUCUCACCAGCUGUGCUGAGCUUUUUGUCUCAUUAAAUCAAAGAUGUUUCAGGUUUUAACCACAAAUGUGAUUAAAGGUUGUUUCUGUGCUGCCUUAAGUCAGAUGUUUAUACUUUAUGAUGAAAAUAAUAAAAAGCUGACCAUGUGAUGAGAGCUCGCUGAUAUAUUCACCCUGUAAGAAACUUUUUUUGGGGGGGCAAUAAGACAUCACAUCUGUCUCUUUUUUCUUCCUUCUUAUCUGUGAUCUGAAUCUUCUUGAACUCUUCAGCAGUUUAGUUUCAUCCUGUGUUGACAGAGAUGGUGACAACAGAUCAGUCUGCUAAUGUUCUUCAUAAAACCACAACAUACUAUAUUAUAUUUCUCUUAAAGCCAGAAUGGGAGUUUUCCAGAGUCUCCUUCACCACUAAUGUCCACCAGCAGAUUGUUGGGACAGACACAGAUGACU